AUGGCUACCAAACUCAUCUCGCCGUCUCCGCGAUUAGCGCAGUCAUGUCUGCGCCGCACACGACACCUAGCCCCGGCCGUAUCGCGACUUCCGCAGCGCCGCUACAUCUCCGCAUACGGCUACGAGCAAGCCAAAGCCCUCACAUUCUCCGAAUAUGGCGAGCCUCCCGCUGUGCUUUCCCUUCACGGCCAUUCCAUCUCGCCACCGCAUAGCAACUUUAUGACAUUGCGCUUCCUCGCUUCCCCCAUCAAUCCCGCCGACAUCAACCAGAUCCAAGGCGUAUACCCUUCGAAGCCGACCUUCACCACCAACCUAGGCACACCCAACCCAAUCGCUGUCGCCGGAAAUGAAGGAGUGGCGGAGAUAAUAGCAUUGGGCGAAGGAGUCAAGAAGGAAGGCUUCAAGAAGGGCGACUGGGUCUUCAUGAAAGGUCCUGGCUUUGGUACAUGGCGAACACACGCAAGCGCCACCACGAACGACGUAGUCAAGCUCGACGACCAGAUGCGCGAAGGCAUUACCGCGAUCCAGGCCGGCACCGUAUCCAUAAACCCAUGCACAGCAUACCGCAUGCUUCGCGACUUCACAACGCUCUCGGAAGGCGAGUGGUUCAUACAGAAUGGAGCAAACUCAGGUGUCGGACGUGCCGCCAUUCAACUAGGCAAGAAGUGGGGUUACAAGAGCAUCAACGUGAUCCGUAGCCGGGAAGACAAGAGCAAGGAAGAAGCCAUGAAGAAGGAACUUCACGAGCUGGGCGCAGACGUCGUCAUCACGGAUGCAGAAUUGCAAUCGCAGGGCAUCAAGGACCAGGCCAAAGAAUGGACAAAUGGCGGUCGCGCACCCAUUCGUUUGGCAUUGAACUGCGUGAACGGUAAAGCAGCUACCGCAAUGGCUAAACUACUUUCUUCCUCUUCGCACUUCGUUACCUACGGCGCCAUGUCGAAGCAGCCUUUGACUAUUCCCGCGUCGAUGCUCAUCUUCAAGGACAUCCACUUCCACGGCUUUUGGGUAAGCAGGUGGGCGGAAAAGCACCCCGAGGAGAAGCAGAAGACAGUCGCCGAUGUAUUGGAUAUGACACGCAAGGGCGAGUUCAGGGAUAUGCCUGUUGAUGAGAUCAAAUGGGAGUGGGAUACCAAGGGCGACGAGCUGAUAGGCAAGGUCAAGGAUACUCUUGAGGGCUACAGAGACGGCAAGGGGAUUUUCGUGUUUGGUAAGACGUAG